AUGUCGCAGAAACCACUCACUUCGAAGGAUGGUCCUAAGAAGGUCCUCAUUGUCGGUGCUGGGGCUGCUGGCAUGUCAACGGCAUAUCAUCUGUCAAACCACUCAGAUAAAUUCGAAGUCACCUUGAUCGAUGCGGUCGAUUACUGUGGUGGACAAGCAUUCUCUGUUCCUAUCAAAAAGGAGCGCCAUGGUGCCAGCUGGUUCAACCAAGGUGUACAGGGCGGGAGCUACAUCUUCCAUCACACCUUGACCAUGUUUGCCCGCCAGGGAUUCCACGCUGACCCGGUCAAACUUCAGGUGUCAUUUGGAAAAGACAAGACGUUCUGGUCGAAUGUCUUUCCUACGGACUUGAUCGCACGACAUCAGAAGGAAGUCAAGCGUCUAGCAUUUGCGUUGAAAUUCAUGCGCUGGUUCGAGGUCUUUUUCGCUCUGAUCCCGCUCAAGUAUUUCUUCAAGCUGUGGUUCUUUUCGGAUGAAUUUACCAACACGAUUGCCUUGCCGAUGACGGCGUUGUUCCUGGGCACCGGAAAUUAUACACCAGAAACCCCCACGAUGAUGCUCGAACGUCUCUGCACCAGUCCCACUUAUGGAAUGUGGUAUCCUCCUGAUCCACUAUCGGUUGCCUCGAACAUGCCACCCAUGGUCGUCUUCCCCAACUUCAGCGAGUUCUACGAGACGUGGCGCAAAGACCUUCUUUCACGGGGUGUCACAAUUCGACUAUCCACCGAACUCGUAUCGGUGCUUAAGCGCGACAAGACAGGAGUGCUGGUCAGCCUGAAGAACCGCACUCCAGUACCGGACGGGCACAACCCAGGCGAAGGCGAUCCGACCGCCAGCGCCACAUUCGAGGAACAUUACGAUGAAAUUGUGCUCUGCGUACAAGCCGACACGGCGAAACGAGUUCUCUCCAAGACAUCGUCAUGGCGAGAGCGCAAAGUCCUCGGGUCCGCCAAGUUCUCCGACGACGUGACCAUCACCCACACCGACGCCGAAUACAUGAAAAAGCACUAUCAAAACUUCUAUAGCGACGACCUCGCCGUGGAGAAACUCAGCGGCGUCGACCAAACCGUCCGCAACGAGUUCGCGCGCAAGAACUUCCGGCCCAUGUACUACAUCAAAAUGUACCCAGACGAUUUGAGCAAGCUCGAAAUGUGCUUCGACACGACCAACUACCAGUGCCAAUUCCCGGAGAACGUCCCCUUUGAAGACCACGUCUUCCAGACAAUUUACCUGAACAAAGAGCGCGACGGCCACCUGUGGACGGACAACGAGAUCGACAAGUCCAAGAUCAUCCGCACGGACUGGUGGCAUCAACUGUGCCACAGCUUCACACACUACCUGUUCGUCGUCCCCUGGAUGAUGUUCCUGCAGGCCAAGCACCACACGCGGUUCGCGGCCAACUGGACCAUGGUCAACGCGCACGAGGUCGCCAUCAUCUCCGGCCUCGCGGCCGCGGUCGAUCUGGGCGCGACCUACCCCGAAGAUCUCGAGAACGAUAAAUUCGCGCUGUUGAGUUUCCGCCUGUAUUACUUGCUCGUCUAUGGCAAGUGGUAUCGCAGGAGGUUCAAGAACAGUACCUCGGAGGCGGCCAAGCAAGGACGCUCGUGGGCCACGGGGCUCUAUGGCAGCGUGUACAACGGGCCCGGUGUCGUUGAGGGCGAGAGGACCACUUGGAGACAGGAAAUGAAAGUCGGGCGCAGCACGGGGAACUUGGCACAGGGGAGUCCCGAGGGGAGAAGUCAGCCGUAG